AUGGCCUCUCCUAUUUCGCCAACUAACACCACGCUGCCGUCGCGCGCUACGACGGGAUUGAGCGAUGGUGCCAUUCCCGAGGCGGAUCCCAAUACUACCGCCGGAUUACUUGCGGAGCGCCUGCAGGCGUGGAAACACAUGGUGGGAUACCUCGAGGAUUAUGUCGGAGCGGUGGAAAAGAUCCACGGCCGCCAGGCAAAGGAGUAUGAGAAGGUCCUAAAGACAAUCUCGAACCCUCUGCGCGAAGGCCACCACUUCGACCAGAGCCUCGGUGGCGUGGCCGGCUUCUUCGAAAACAUGCGCACCAACACCCAGGCCAUGAUCAACACCAACCUCGAGACGGAGAAGAACAUCAAGGGCUCCGUCCUGCCCAUCCUCGACCGCCUGCACAAGGAGAUCAAGCACAAGUCCAAGGAACUCGCCAGCGGCGCGCAGGCGGGCGCCAAGGAGGUUGAGAAGCUGCGCAACGUGACGCAGAAGCACAUUGAGCUGCUCGGCCAGCGGGCUGCCGCCUACGACUCCCACGGCGCAAAGAUUGACUCCCACGAGGAUCCGUACGUUGUUCGCCGCGGCGUCACCCACCGUCUGAACAACCAGGUCAUUGCUGAGAACAACCACCACAACGACCUCGUCUCCGUGCAGAACAACUUCCGCACAUUCGAGGUUCACGUUCUCGAGGUCGUUCAGCAGGCCAUGGAGGCCUUUACGCAGCUCGCGGGCGGCCAGGGCGAGAAGAUCCGCGCGCUGCACAACGACAUGCUCGGCACGGCGCAGUGCAUCCCGCGCGAGUUUGAGUGGGCCAACUUUUCACAGCGCUGCGCGGACAGGCUCGUCAAUGCCAACGACCCGCCGCGCUCUGUUGAGGCAAUUCAGUUCCCUAACAUGGAGCACAGCUCGACGAAGACGCUGAUUGAGGGAUCGCUGGAGCGCAAGUCGCGCAACAAGCUGUCGUUUGGCUACUCUACUGGCUACUAUGUCGUUACGCCUUCCAAGUUUCUGCACGAGUUUAAAGACUCGGACGAUACUCGCACCGAUCCCAAACCUGAGCUGUCGAUGUACCUCCCCGACGCUGUUAUUGGAUCGCCCACUGGCGACAAGUUCACCAUCAAGGGCAAGGACAAGAGCGGCACGUUGAGCAGCAAGCUCACUGGCAGUUCCGAGUUGAAUUUCAAGGCCCACACCGCUGCCGAUGCCCAGCGAUGGUUCCAGGUUAUUCAAGGCCUCAUUGGCUCUACUACCGUGGCGGCUGGCUCGACACCCACAUCUCCCGUUACAACGACGUCGCCAACCAUGACCGGUCCGGCGGGCGCAGCGGCCGGAGGAGCUGCCGUUGCUGCCGCCGCCGGAGCCAAGUCGUCGGAGUCUCCUGAGGCAAGAUCGCCUGUUGCGACGACCUCGUCGGCUGAGAAGCACCAGGCUCAAGAGGUGGGCAUUACGGGUGUCACACCGGAAGAUAAACCUGCGGCUGCUUAG